GAGAGCGAGGACGAGGGCGAGGUGCUGGAGGAGAGCCCCUGCGGGCGCUGGCAGAAGCGCAACGAGCAGGUAAACCAGGGCAACAUGCCAGGCCUGCAGAACACUUUCCUGGCCAUGGACACGGAGGAGGGGGUGGAGGUGGUUUGGAACGAGCUGCACUUUCCGGACCUGAAGGCCUUCCGGGCUCACGAGGAAAAGACCAAGACCAUGUUUGAGCAGCUUGUGGUCGUCGACCACCCCAAUAUUGUGAAGGUUCACAAGUACUGGCUGGCCAUGAAGGACUCCACGGCCCAGGUGAUCUUCAUCACGGAGUACGUCUCCUCGGGUAGCCUCAAGCAGUUCCUGAAAAAGACCAAGAAGAACCACAAAGCCAUGAACGCCCGGGCCUGGAAGCGCUGGUGCACGCAGAUCCUCUCGGCCCUCAGCUACCUGCAUGCCUGUGAGCCUCCCAUCAUCCACGGCAACCUCACCAGCGACACCAUCUUCAUCCAGCACAACGGGCUCAUCAAAAUCGGGUCAGUUUGGCACAGAAUCUUUGCACAGGCCAUCCCGGCGGAUCUCCGCAGCCCCACCCGCGUGGACCGAGAGGAGCAGCAGAAUCUGCACUUCUUCCCCCCGGAGUACGGCCGUGCGGCUGACGGGACCGCCGUGGACAUCUUCUCCUUCGGGAUGUGUGCUCUGGAGAUGGCCGUGCUGGAGAUCCAGUCCAACGGGGAUGCCUGUGUGUCGGAGGAGGCCAUCGAGCGGGCGAGACACUCCCUGGAUGACCCCAACAUGCGGGAGUUCAUCCUGAGCUGUCUCCUCCUGAACCCGGAGAAGCGGCCCAGCGCUCACAACCUGCUCUUCCACCGCGUCCUCUUUGAGGUCCACUCCUUGAAACUGCUGGCUGCCCACUGCUUCAUCAACAACCAGUACCUGAUGCCUGAGAACGUGGUGGAGGAGAAGACCAAGAGUCUGGACCUCAACAUGGUGAUGGCGGAGAUGAAGCGCCAGGGCCGGCCUCCCGUGCACUGGAGGUACUCAGAAGUUUCUUUUCUGGAGCUAGACAAGUUCUUAGAAGAUGUGAGGAACGGCAUCUAUCCCCUGAUGAACUUUGCCUCCACCCGGCCCCACACCCUCCCACGGUCAGCCUCCCAAGCCGCUGAGGAUCCGCAGAAAGCCACAACCCCCACCCCAGAGCCCUUCGAUGUGGAGACAAGAAAGGUGGUGCAGAUGCAGUGCGGCAUGGAGUGGAGCGAGGAGAAGGGCCAGUGGCACCUCACUCUCCUUCUGGUUCUGGAGGAUAAGCUCCAUCGACAGCUCAGCUACGACCUGCUGCCAACUGACCAUCCCGGGGCCCUGGCUGCUGAGUUGGUGCAUUAUGGAUUCAUCCGCCUGGAUGACUGUGAGAAGCUGGCCACAUUCCUGGAAAACGCCUUCCAUCGGCACCAGCCGGCUCCCUCCUGA